GCUUCAUCAGGAAUUAAUUAAAUGCCAGUAGCUUCCUCGACUCGGUUCACUGCAGGUCUGCGCUGACCAUAAUCCGCCGUACAGUGCGCACAAGCUGCGAUCUUCUUUGUUCCUGGUGCGUUGAUUUCGCAUUCGAUGAUAAAUAUCUUGCAGGUUCGAUUGUAUCUAAGCUAAGCAAAUAGGCUAAAGCUGUUAAAACCCCACGGCCUCCCCGUAACGCUUUGUAGUCACUGUUACAAUGUCGAACUGUUCGGAGUCGAGGGUUCUGGAGUUUUACCGCGGAUCGACGGUGCUGCUCGCUGGAGGGACGGGAUUUUUGGGAAAGACCCUGUUGGAGAAGCUUCUGCGAUGUUUGAAAGUCAAGAAGAUCUACCUGUUGAUCCGCACGAAGAAAGGAUGCUGUGGCGAGGAGCGUUUGAAGGCGAUCCUGGAGGAUCGACUGUUUGAUCGUGUUCGUAAGCCGGAGCUGAUCGCCAAGAUCGUACCCGUUGAGGUGGACUAUGCGGAGAAGGAUUUUGGAAUGGCCCCCGGGUUGACGUGUGAAAUUCGAAAGGAGGUGGAGAUAGUGCUGUACUGUAUCGCUACGGUCAAGAUGACGGGAGCGUUGAAGGAAACGGUUGAGACGAACGUGUUUCUUGCGAGGAGAAUGCUCCGAUGGUGUCGGACCUUCCCAAGGUUGGAGGCGUUCGUGUUCACGUCGACGUUCUAUUGCAACUUGGAUCAGGAAAUAAUCGAAGAGAAGGUGUACACCGAGUUACCGUUUGGAAGCUACGAGAUUGUCAUGAAUAUGUUGAAGCAUUUGUCGGCUGAGGAGUGUGAACAGCUGAAAAGUACGAUAUUGCAAAAGUUUCCAAAUACAUAUGUGUUCAGCAAACGGUUGGCAGAAAUUAUGAUCGAGACGGAGUUUGCUCAGACAUUACCAGUGGCGAUCUAUCGACCUCCUAUUAUUACUCCAACGUGUCGUGAACCGAUGCUAGGUUGGACGGAUAAUCCUUAUGGUUCGGUAGCGUAUAUCAAGAGCUUUUGGGACGGCUUAGGGCACGUCAAAUAUGUCGAUAGCCGUGCAAAGUGUAACUUUGCUCCCGUCGACUAUUGCGCAAAUGCUGUUCUGGUUAGCGGGUUCGACUUAGCUGAGAAGCGGCUGGUUGGCAGUGCUCCUUGCGUUCCGGUAUACAAUCACCACAGCAAUACUACUAACACCACCUUUGGAGAACUGACGAGUUGGUUUGGAGAUUCCCGAAAGAGGUUCUGGGAUUGGAUAAUCUGGAAGUACUGCUGGAUAUCGACGUCAUUUAUUUGGCUGAUGUACCUGAACGUUAUCUUAGCUAGGAUCAAAGACUUCAUUGCUAUGUGGUGUCCGGGUACCAAACCAGCACACAAGUACUACUAUCGGUGGUCGGCGUACUGGUUCAUGGCGUUCAGUCAGUCGGUUGGUUUUGUAGCUUUCCGCUCCUGGAAAAGUGUAUCAAACAAUCUGAAACGAGCUCAGUGCUACCUGAGCGAACGUGAGCAGCAAGUUCUCUUCACCGAUCUGGAUGAAAUCGACAUGCGCGAGUACAUGAGUGGACAAGUGGAUGAAGCCAUUCAAUAUCUUGAGUGUGAAAAUAAGAGAAGAUAUAAGAAGUGAAGCAUUCGUGAAAUUAUC